UUCAAAUUCCAAUCGCCUUUUUUGAUUUUGCUCGAAAGGUUGAAGUCAGAGAGAGACAUGGAGGAGUAUUUGCAGUACGUGAAGACUCUGCGCUCCCAGAUGAACGAUGUGGAAGAUCAGGCGGCGAAGGUCUCGGUUGAGGAGCAGAUGCAGAUCACCACCAUACAAACCUUGGAAAGAGAUCUCGAUCAUGCAAGAUCUGAAUUGAAGAAACUAGAAGAUGAAACAGAGCAGAUGAUGAGGAGAAAGGGUGGAAUUUGCUCACAGAUACUUGAGAAACAGAGAAAAAUAUCAAGUAUGGAAUCUGAUUCAUCAACCCUUGCACAGACUCUAGAGCUCAUUCAACAAGAACGACUCAGCAUAUCUGCCAAACUUGCAGUGAAACGUUCUGACUACGCAAAGAUUGCAGAGGACACUAGGACUAAGCUAGAGGAGCAACAGGGCUGGUUUGUUUCUCAUGGAAGUAAAGAGUCCGGUAAACAAGGGCAGCAAGAUGAGAGGGGGGAAAAGGUGAUGAAACUGUUGGAUUCUGCUAAAGCAAAACUGGACGAAACAAGACAGAUGAAAUCCGACCUUAUCCAGGAGAACAACAAGAUGAGGCUCUUGAUCAAAAAUCAGCAGAACAAGGCUAACGAGUUUAAGCCAGAGUUGUCGUCAAUGGAUACAAAGAUUCUCGAAGAGGAAUACACCGCCCUCUCGUCAGAUGAAUCUGGGGAGACUGAGUAUCUGCAUUCACUGCGUGGUCAAACUGAGAAGCUGAAGGGAGUUUCUUACAUUUCCAAAUGCGGAUGUGGAGAGGAAUACACUGUUAGUGCACAUCUUCAUUCUUAGAAUGCAUAACGCAACUAAUGAUGGGUAUGAUCCCUUCAGGUACGCAUUUGGUUAAUUUCACCUGACAGUAAUAAUCAUGAACAUGCGGUUAUAGUCUUGUUGAUCCUGCGUUUUAGUAAAUAUUCUUUCACA